AUGAUACCUCAGUGCUUGAUUGCUAUGCCGCGGGUCUCGCCAGCCGCUCAGCGAGUCCUGUCAGAAGCCGGUUCUGAUAUCAAAAAGGGACUCGUGUCGUUGAUGAUACCAGCUGCAUUGCUAUACCUGGCACUCUACGCGUUGGUAAAGAAGAAGAUGGGCGUAUUUGUGAUGCUGGACUGGAUGGCCAUCUGUGCAUUCGCUGCCAAUGGAACUUUGGUUGUGUUGGAAUGCUCCGUUGCUCGAAGCUUGCAACUAUUCGCAGUUGCAAUUGGCACCAUGAAGGCAUUGGACUUCUAUGCUCGGAGGAAAUCCCCUCCUAAAUAUACAGAUCCGAAUCCACCAUCAGACAGCAUCAUUGCCUUGCUUCUCUUCACAGAACUGAGAUAUGAAUCAUUUACACCCAACUAUCUCGGUACUGCCCCUGCUCCAGCUCAGCUCGAAGCAGACACUACGGCAGAGUACGUCUACUACCACAAACGAGACACGAAGGGCGGCAAACAAGUCUUCACUACAGUUGGCAAGAGAGUAGCCUCGCAGCAGACCCCGAAACGCAGGACUCCUCAUAGAUUCUCCGAGGCAUUCGAUCUAGUAUUACACGCAGCUUUCUUCCUAACUACCCAGCUUGUCUUUCCGCUGUCCAAUCCGACUGUCCAAGCCGUGCAGAUUCUACUUUCCAUCUACGUCAUCUGGGAAUCACUACAGCUUCUUCUCCGCUACAAGACUAGUCCUCCCCUCUUUGGGCCGCUAUAUACCGCUUCAUCACUCGCUUCCUUCUGGAGUGAAACAUGGCACACUGCUUUUGCUAGUCCUUGUCGGUCCCUCGCUUACGAUCCUCUACGAAGACAUUUGCCUGCCAAAUACGGUGUUCCUGAAUCCUUUGCAAAGGGGAUUGGAAUUAUUGCUUCCUUCUCGUUAAUGGGGCUGUUCCAUGCAUACAGCCUUGCUCCUGUUCUGCCCUUGGAUGGUAUCUUGCGUAUCAUUGCUUUCUUCCUGUUGAAUGGGAUUGGAACCGUUAUUGAGACGGCGAUAUGGGGGAGAAAUUCGCAUUGGGGGAAAGCGCUUUUAGCUUGGAUUUUUGAGAUACUCGUUGCCAGUUGGACGGUAGAGGGUCUUUCUCUUCCAAAGGGGCUGCAAAACGUCUCCUGGGAUAGCAUCUGUAACGUUGGCGGAGUGAAGAGAGGUUGA